AGGAUAUAUGAAAGAUCAAAAAGCAGUUCAAGUAGAGAAUACUCCUACAUUCAAGGAGUAAAUCUACGAGAGUCUGUGUCACGGGUACCGGAUACCUGCCUGGGUCGGAUGCAGAUCAGGUGAUAUUCGACGCGACUGGUCUUUCCCGCUGCCCGUAUCGCCUUCUCCUCAAACCUUCCACGUGAGUCCACCUCGACUCGAUGAUUCCCCCCUCCAAAAGCAUCCCUUUUGCAUGUAAUAUCUGCGUUUUCGAGUGGAUUAUCAAACCGAUCUCCUCUUCAGCUAUCUAUUUUUCUACUCUUUCUUCCCCUGCAAUUUGGGGAGUUCUUUUUGAAGUUCGCAUAUCGCGAACAACGUGACUUCUGGUCUUGUUAUUGUCCGUGGCAGGUGACUUCUUGUCAGGUGAUAAAGAGGAUCAUCCAAGGCUUUCACACAUAUGAUGUCUGAUCCAUCCAUGAACAGUCCCGACGGGCAUGUCCAUAAGCGCAAGCGCGAGGGAUCUGACGACUUGGGACACGAUCCCCAACGUAUGAACCGUUCUUCACACGGUAGCAACGGCAGUAUGGAUAACCAGCACAAUUUCGGCCACUCUCUGAACUACGAGCACGGUCUGCCCAACACCGGCUCAGAACUCAACAUCGACCAACAGAUCCUUCAACACGUUGGCCCCCAGAAUGGCAUGUCUGAUGAUAAUGCUCUGACUGCGAACGCGAAGGCUGCUCUCGCUGCUCACACUCCACAGCACAAGUACCCGCCCCCACCUGAUGCGGCUUUCGAUGCCAACAACUUGACCUCUGGCUUGACCUUCGGCGAUGACAUGGGUCAGCCACCCAUGGGCCCUUCACACAACCACAACUCUACUGCUGCUGCGGUAUAUGCUGCGCGCGAGGCGCAGAGUAUGAACCAGAAGCCUACUGUCGGCUCUCCGGAAUGGCACCAGAUUCGCAAGAACAACCACAAAGAGGUUGAGCGUCGACGUCGUGAGGCCAUAAAUGAAGGCAUCAACCAAAUCGCCCGUCUGGUUCCCAACUGCGACAAGAACAAGGGCGCCAUACUACAGCGGGCUAUCGAAUAUAUCUGCCAGCUCCAGGAGGAGCGCAAGAAUAUUGACGAGCGAUUCGAGCAACACAGUCUCACCACAAAUCAUGCCAUCACCGAGAUCAGCACAUCCAACUCCAAGUUGAAGGCCGAGGUCGGCCGACGCAACAACAUCGCCCUGAAGUGGCUCCAGCGUUGCCGUGACGCAGGCCUCGAGUUUGAUGACUACGAGGAAGCCAAGGACCUGGAGACUCUGGAUAUGGAGUAAACUCGAGCUCUG